GCUGGUAGGGCUUUGCCUGCCGUCUGCCCACCUCCUCACCACUGCCAUCAUUUCUCCCCCCCACCACCUCCUCUUCCUGGCAAGCGGGGCUUCGCCCGCCGUCCACCCACCUCUUCUGGCUGGAGGGGCUUCGCCUGCCAGCCCUCCACCUCUGCAUCCUGACUGCCGCCAUUCUUUCUCUCUGCUUCAAUGCUGGAACUCUUGCACGCUCUAGAGCAUCUGCGCGUUAGUACUUGAUUGCUCCCCUCACCUCAGAGAUCUUCCCACCCUCACCUGGUCUGAACUCCUGCUCCUCCUCCAUCUCCUCACCCUUCUUGGUCAUGGCUGCAGCAUUGCUGCUGCCUAUUGGCCAAACUGCAGCCCCCUAUCCCCAGAGACCUCCCCACCCUCACCUGAUCCCCGCUCCUGCUCCUCCCCCCAGGAGCAGCAGCAGUGGUUGACCAGGCCGUUCCUCACUGCUGCCACCACCAUGGCCGCUCGUUCCCCUCAGGCCGCUGACAGGCCCAGGCCCAUCCCUUGCCUGCCUGCCUGCAUCUUACAAUGGCCUCAGUAGCCCUAAACAGCAGCAGUGGUUGCCCGGACCCUUCCUUGCUGCCAGUGCCGCCAUGGCCACUCAUUCCCCUGUCAGGCUGCUGACAGGCUCAGGCCCGUCCCUUGCCCUUCCUUCGGUCUCUCUUCUUCCUCCCUUCUUUUUCUCUUUCUCUCUCCCCCACUUGCUCUUCUCCACUCUUUCUUCCCCCUCCCUUCAUGUUUUUUCUCCCUUCUUCCCUGAGUUAAAAGAUUUUGUUCAUUUACACAACGGCAUCCUCCUUCUCCUGAAGGGGCUCUUUCCUCCCUCAGGACCUGUCUUUUUGCAGACCUCUGCCUGCUAUCCUUUUAUAUCCAGAACAUCUUCGGACCAGUAACAGCUGCAUUCCAACUGACCUUAACCAUCACAGGCCCCUCCUCCUUAUCUGCAUAGGGAAUCCCCACUGCCCAAUCACCAUGGUGCUUCUGCUCUCACAGGCUCCUUCUCCCUAUCUGCAUAUGGAAUCCCCACUGCCCAAUCAGGUGCUUCUGCUUGCAAACUCAGCCAAUCGCCUCCUUCCCACCACAUCGCCACGCAUGGCCCGUCUUGGAGAAAUAAUAAUAUAGAUUACUCCCACUUAGAUUUAGUGCUUCUGUAUGCAUGCUUCACCGCACCCCCUCAAUCCAAAUCAAACUGUUUCUAAUCCUUUCUCUUGCUGUUUGCUGUCAAAGGGUUUUAAGACCUAUUUUCCUGAGUAAAUUAUUCAUCAUCAUAAAAAUUGUGUAAUUACUGUAACUGCUGUUAAUUUAUGAUGCCCAAAGCAGUAACUGGUGUUUAUUAUUAAUGGGCCAGUGUGUUAUGCGCUGAUGUGUGUGUUUAGCUUAAAAACUAGAUUUUUCACACACACCCUCUUCUUUCUCCCUUCCAAAUUAAAUAGUUGGUUCCUUUAAAUUAAAGUCUGAACUAUGCCUGGUUCUAGGGAGCGUGUGUUGGAAAUAGACAUUGGGGAUAAAUAAUUACUGUGGGGGGGGGUGGUUUUGAGAGAGAGAGAGAGAUUUAAAGUAUAACUAAAUUGAAUUAAAUUAAAUUAAAUAUUUUUAAAGAUUGAGAAACGCACAUAGAGCUUCCUGAUAGUCUUACCCCUGCUAACUGGGCAAAGAGGCACCUUUUACCGGUGGUGAUUCUCUUUAUUUAGCAGGGGGAGAGUAACUGGCCCUAUCCACCCCCAGCACAGAAUCUCUCCAGUGACUGUUGCUGGUAUCUAUCUUAUGUUUCUUCUUAGAAUGUGAGCCCUUUGGGGACAGGGUUCCAUCUUAUUUGUUUGUUAUUUCUCUGUGUAAACCACCCUGAGCCAUUUUUGGAAGGGCGGUAUAGAAAUCGAAUUAUAUAAUAAUAAAUAAUAAUAAUAAUAAUUAUUAUUAUUAUCAUCAUCAUCAUCUAGACCGGGGUCCUCAAAUUUUGUUCCCCAGAUGUUGGACUACAACUCCCAUUAUCCCCAGGCACAAUGGCAAAAGACAGUGGAUGAUGGGAGUUGUAGUGCAAUAGCAGAUUCAGGGGUGGGAAACCGCUUCUGCAGAGCUUCAGAAGCAGUGGAAAACUCCCUCCACCCUUUUUAGUUCAUUUGUACUGGCAAGGCUUUCAUCUUGAUUUUCCACCUAUGCAAGUUUAUAUUUGAGGCUUCUAUGGGGAAAUGCAUUAUUGUUCAGAAAUGAAAGCUAGUUUUCAAUGUUUUGGCAGUGUGAGCUAAUAUUAUGGUAAAAGACAAGUUUUCUGAAAGAUGCGUGUCAGACGUUUUGAGGGGGGCGCGGUGAGGCACAAUUUCAGUGUGUGCCCUAGGCGCCAUUUUCCCUAGUUAUGCCUUUGGGCAGGGGGUGAGACUGAGAAGAGGAGGAAGAGGAGCAGCCGAGCACAAUUCUGGAACUUAUUUUAUUUAUUUAUUUAAUGGAUUUUUAUACCGCCCCAAACCAAAGAUUUAAUUCUGGAAGGAUGCGUAGGAGCCAGGAGCGCCAGUUUGUGCUUUCACAAACUGUGAAAAACUUAUCCUUACCCAUAAACUCUGCUGCCCCUUCACACUUUUCCCUCUUCCACCUUUCACUGUGCGUCUUUUCAACGUGAAUCAUUUGGAAGCGCCUCUGAUUCUGGGGGAGGUUGGUAACUCCACCCCUUUCUAGAAAGGAAUUUCCUUUCCAGAGGAAGCGGCCGCCCGCCCGCCCGCCCAGCGACCUCUGUGUAGCCCGGCAGGGUGGGGGGAAAGGAAACCGAAACUUAAGCCAUCUGGAGCCCUAUAUAGAGAUACCUUCCGGAAAGUGUGUCACUUUUAAGAGAAGUUAGCUUACAACAUCUGUGCAAACAGAAAAAAGAAGAAGCGAAAAGGAGAACUAUAAUAGCUGGGAGUUGUAAGCUGACUGUUUCGUUUCUAUGUUGGAGCUGAAGAGAUCUAUCUGAGACUUUAUUUGCAAACAGUGAGACAGUUGCAACUUUGCAGUGUUUGAGACAUGGCUGCGGAGAGGCUGAGGGAAAAGUUUCAGAAUGAAGCAACGUGCUCCGUUUGCCGGGACUUUUUCACAGAGCCGGUGAUCCUAGAGUGUGGGCACAGUUUUUGCCACACGUGCAUUGCCGAGAGAUGGGCAGAGCCUUCCUUAGAUGCCACCGCCUCCUGCCCCGAUUGCCAAGAGACGGGGCAGCAGAGGAGAUUCAAGCCCAAUCGGCAGCUGGCCGGCCUUGCAGAAAUCGCCAAGCAGUUGAGUGAGCAGGCAGAGCAAGAAGCAGCAGGAGGAAAACUCUGUGAGAGGCACCAGGAACCCCUGAAACUCUUCUGUGAGGAGGAUGAGGCCUUCCUCUGUCUGGUGUGCGAGAAAUCCAGGAAGCACCGAGAUCACAGCGUGAUUCCUAUGGAGGAGGCUGUCGAAGAGUACAAGGGUCAGAUUUGUGCCUGUCUGGAGAAUCUGAGGAAGCAGAGAGAAGAGAUUCUGGUGUAUCAAUCAAACACUGAAAAGGAAAGUCAAGACCUACUUAAACAGGCAGAAACAGCGAGGCAGAAGGCAGUGGCGGCGUUCAAGGAAAUGCGCCAGUUUCUGGAGGAAAAAGAGAACUAUUUGUUGGCUGCGAUGGAAGAGGCAGACAAGGAGAUUGUGAAGAAAAGAGACGAACACGUGGCCAGACUCGCAAAGGAACUCUCUUCUCUUGAUGAUACCAUUCAGGAGUUGGAAGAGAAAUGUCAGCAGGUGGCCGAUGAGCUCUUGGGGGACAUUGUGAGCACCUUGCACAGGUUUGAUCAGAAGGAGACGUUUGAGAAUCCUUUGGUUUUCCCUGCAGCACUGAAAUGGAAAAUCUGGGAAUUCAGUGAAUUCAAUCCUAUUCUGGAGAAAAACCUGGCUUGGUUAAAAGGCUCUACCCUUAAAUUUGAAUACCAGAACCAGAUACGUAAAGAAACUGUGACUCUGGACCCAGAUACAGCUCAUCCACAGCUCCUCAUAUCUGAAGAUCGAAAAUGUGUAACUUUGGGAGACAAACCACAAGAUACGAUCACCAACUACCCGAGAUUUGUACAUCAUCAGUGUGUGCUGGGCAAAUUCCGUAUGCCUCCAAAUAUUUCUUUCUGGGAAGUAGAUGUGGGGAAUGAGGAAGGAUGGGCUGUUGGCAUAGCUAAAAUGAAACCUGAUAUGCAUAACGACAAACCUCUUACUCCAGAAGAAGGAAUCUGGGCCAUCGGAAAGUGGGAGGGUCAGUACCGAGUGCUCAUUGCCCCUCAUAAUCCUCCUUUAUCUUUUAAACGGGAACCGAAAAGGAUCCGGGUGUUUCUGAACCUAUAUAAAGGUCAGGUGGCAUUUUUUGAUGCUGAAACAGCAACCCUGCUUUACGCUUUCCAGCAAGAUCACUUUUGGGUUGUGCAGCCCUUCUUCUGGCUUUGCAAGAAGUCUCAUCUCAGACUCUGUCCAUGAGGAAGUAAAGCCCAGCUUGCAGGUCCUGCUAGACAACAGGAUUACAGCUUCUGUGUCCAUGUAGGUGCUAAUCCUGGCACCUUGUCUCUUCCAUCUCGCUCUCUUAAUACUGUAAAGCAAGCUAGAUGCUUGCAUUCAAAGACCAGUGUGCCAUUCCAGGGAGCAUGCCUGUGCUCUUGAAGGCCAACUUGCUCUGAGUCACUUUGCAAGAGAAGAGUUGCUGAUUGAAGUUAGAGGGAUCCAGUGGGUGAGCAGGACAACUGAAGGAAAUCCAGCAAGUGACACACCAAACUAGUGAACUUCCAUUGACAAAAUUUGUCUUAAUCCAGAUGAUCCUUUAAUGAGGUAGAUUUAAUCCUGAUUUUGUUUUUUGCACAGUUGCAGAAAUGUUAUAAUCCUGUAAGUAAUAAUGAAUGCACAUGUAUUUUGAGAUGUAACUUGUGGAGAGCUGGACCUCUGAUGUGGUUGCUUCAAAUAUAUCUGUCUCUGCUGCUUUC